AUGACUACUUUGGGCAACUUGACACCCUCAAGCACUGUGUUUUUCUGUUGUGAUAUGCAAGAAAGAUUCAGACCUGCCAUCAAAUAUUUUGGUGAUAUCAUCAGUGUAGGUCAACGACUGCUUCAAGGUGCCCGGCUCUUAGGAAUUCCAGUUAUUGUGACUGAACAGUAUCCCAAAGGUCUUGGCAGCACUGUACAAGAAAUUGAUUUAACAGGAGCUAAGCUCGUACUACCGAAAACAAAAUUUUCAAUGGUAUUGCCAGAAGUAGAAGCAGCAUUAGCAGAGAUUCCUGGAGUCCGCAGUGUUGUCUUAUUUGGAGUAGAAACUCAUGUCUGCAUCCAGCAAACAGCCCUGGAAUUGAUUGGCAGAGGUUUGGAGGUUCAUAUUGUAGCUGAUGCCACUUCAUCAAGAAGCAUGAUGGACAGAAUGUUUGCUCUUGAGCGCCUUGCUCGUACUGGAAUUAUAGUUACUACUAGUGAGGCUAUAUUGCUGCAGCUGGUAGCUGAUAAAGAACAUCCAAAAUUUAAAGAAAUCCAAAAUCUCAUUAAGGCAAGUGCUCCUGAGUCAGGGCUCCUUUCCAAAGUUUAAAGAAGAUGUGAUGGAAGAGAAUUGUAUUGUCUCCUUUAAGGAUGAAGGAAAGCUGUAAACGCACAUGCACACAUUCUUUCACACAAAUUCUGUCAGAAAUGUAAAACUAAAAGUUGACAUAUUUGUGCUUGCCUUAGAAAAAUUGUUUGGUUAUACUUCUCAGUGCCCGUGUAUUCUGUUUAGUCACAGCUGUCAAAGGCUAUUGAUACGUGAGCACCCUUUUGUUGUCAGAUUUCCUAUUUAUUUU